AACAAAGUUAGCAUCAGUCGCGUUCGUGAGACUUGCCAGUGCCCCUUGGACAGCGCGGGAGCAUUGACAGCGAUUUGCAUCUUGUCUUCGUUCUUUCAUGUCGUUCAAUUCGACCGCCCCGGGCUACGUUGCAGCUCUCGUUGAUGCUACGCAGCAGUAUAUCGCCGCCUCUCCUGGUAGAGCAAUUCUGCUGGGACUUUUCUAUACGCCGGUUCUCAUCUUCGUACUGAACAUUCUUAAACAGCUGGUUGUUCCCCGAGAUCCUUCUCUACCUCCGGAAGUGUUCCACUGGAUCCCUUUCAUCGGGUCCUCCAUCACGUACGGCAAUGACCCACUCAAUUUUUUCUUCAAGUGCAGGGAAAAAUACGGCGAUGUCUUCACAUUCACUCUACUUGGACGCAAGGUUACGGUCGCACUCGGUGCUAAAGGCAAUAACUUUGUCUUGGGUGGAAAAUCGACUGCGUUCUCUGCGGAAGAUGCGUACACGCACCUCACGACCCCCGUCUUCGGUAAAGACGUCGUAUACGAUGUCCCCAACGAAGUAUUCAUGGAGCAAAAGAAGUUCGUUAAAGUCGGCCUUUCAACUGAGAACUUCCGGGCGUACGUGAGCAUGUUCGAGCAAGAAGUCGACGACUUCAUGCGCAGCGAUCAAGCAUUCAUCAUCUGGCAAAUGAACGACAUCAAUGAAUGGGGACGCUUCGAUGUGACAGACAUCAUGGCUCAAAUCACUAUUUUGACUGCCAGCCGGACUCUGCAAGGCAAGGAGGUUAGAAGUGGUUUGGACAAAUCAUUCUCUGCACUCUACAACGAUCUGGAUGGAGGUUUCACCCCACUGAAUUUCAUGUUCCCCAACUUGCCUUUGGAAUCUUACCGCCGUCGGGACGAAGCGCACAAGAAGAUGAGCGAGUAUUACACCGAUAUUAUCCGCAAACGCAGAGAAUCAGGUCAUUCUGACGAACCUGAUAUGAUCUCCGCCUUGAUGGAUCAAAAAUACCGUGAUGGCAGACCUCUCCGUGACCAUGAAAUCGCGCACAUCAUGAUUGCCCUUCUCAUGGCAGGACAGCACACUAGUUCCGCCUCUGGUUCAUGGACACUUCUUCACCUUGCUCACAACGUCGAAGUCCAGGAAGCACUCUACCAGGAGCAAGUCGACCACUUCGGUAAUCCGGAUGGUUCUUUCCGCCCGAUGACCUAUGAGGGCUUCCGCAAGCUUCCAGUUCUUGAUUCAGUCAUUCGUGAGACGCUCCGCAUGCACCCGCCUAUUCACAGCAUCAUGCGCUAUGUCCGUUCUGAUGUUCCUAUCCCCGCGACUCUCGCUGCCCCCUCCCAAGAUGGUGUUUAUAUCGUCCCAAAGGGCUACUACGUGCUUGCUUCUGCUGCCGUCAGCCAGGUUGACCCCCGUAUCUGGGCUAACCCCAUGACGUGGGACCCGACGCGGUGGAGUGAUCCCGAGGGUGUUGCUGCUCAAGCGUUCAAGACUUACUCUGACGAGAACGGCGAGAAGAUUGAUUAUGGUUUUGGUGCUGUAAGCAAGGGAACUGAGAGCCCAUACCAACCCUUCGGUGCUGGACGUCAUAGAUGCAUUGGCGAGCAGGUGCGCUUGAUUAUUUGUUCGCCAUACCUGCAACUUGGAGUCUCUGAGCUUCGGUUAGAGGAUGGCAUCACAGAGAUCCCAGCACACAACUACCAUAAACCUCGGGAUGUCUGCUACAGACGCAGGAGAUUUGAUUAGAAGAU